AUGUGGCAACUCUUGCAAAAGGAUGUUUAUUUCGAGUUCAAUGAGGCGUGCAAAGAAGCUUUCGACAAGCUCAAAGAGUUGCUUACAUCCGCCCGCAUCACGCAAGCUCGAAAUUGGGAUCUCCCCUUCGGGAUCAUGUGUGAUGCAAGCAAUUAUGCUAUUGGUGCCAUUUUGGGUCAAAAGAAUGGAAGAGCCUCCCAUGUGAUCUACUAUGCAUCCAAGACACUAGACUAUGCUCAAAUCAACUACUAUGCUACGGAGAAAGAGCUGUUAGCCAUAAUGUUUGCCUUGGAGAAAUUUAAACAAUAUCUGCUUGGUACUAAGGUCAUUGUGUAUUCGGAUUACACAGCUCUUAAGUACUUGAUAACGAAGAAAGAUUCAAAGCCUAGACUCAUCCGGUGGAUUUUAUUGUUGCAAGAAUUUGAUUUGGAAAUCCGGGACAAGAGUGGGUGUAAGAAUCUUGUUGCCGAUCACCUUAGCCGAAUCACUUCAAAUGAAACUCCUCUCCCUUUGUGGGACAAGUUUCUGGAUGAGCAUCUCUUUUCCCUUACUCAAACUAUUCCUUGGUAUGCCGAUAUCGUUAACUUUUUGGCCACAAAAAGGUAUCCCAACACAUUCACAUGUGCUCAAAAAGACAAGUUGAAAAGUGAUGCAAAAUAUUAUGUGUGGAUGAGCCUUAUUUGUGGAAACAUUGUCCUGAUCAAAUCAUUAGGCGAUGUGUGCCCCAACAAGAGUACCAAUCCAUUUUGCAAUUCUGUCAUUAAUUUGCUUGUGGGGGACAUGCCAAAGGAUGGGAACAUGUCACAAAAAAAUCAAAUGCCACAAAAUCCAAUCCUUGUUUAUGAAAAUUUUGAUGUAUGGGGGGUUGAUUGCAUAGGCCCAUUCCCCGUUUUGUUUGACAACGUUUACAUCUUGCUCGCAGUUGACUAUGUUUCUAAGUGGGUUGAAGCCAAAGCCACGAGAUCAGAUGAUCCCAAAACAGUUAUCGACUUUCUAAAAUCUAAUGUCAUUGUGAGGUUUGGUGUGCCUAGGGCUUUGACUAGUGAUAGGGGAGGCACUUUUGCAACAAGAUGA